AUGUGCCACACCAGUUGUCCCUCAGGUUGCCAGCCAGUCUGUUGUGUGUCCAGCCCCUGUCAGCCAGCCUGUGUGCCUGUGAGCUGCAGGCCUGCAAUAUGUGUUCCUGUAAGAUGCCAAGUGACUUGCUGUGUGCCUGUGAGCUGCAGGCCCACUGUGUGCAUGGCCCCCUCCUGCCAGUCCUCUGUGUGUAUGCCUGUGAGCUGCAGGCCUGUCUGUGUGACCUCCUCCUGCCAGUCGUCCGGGUGCUGCCAACCCUCUUCUCCCACCCUGGUCUGCAGACUGGCCACCUGUAGCACCCCUUCCUGCUGCUGA